AUGUGGUUCUGCAAGACCCCGUCGCUCAAAGACAUGACCAGCAAUCAGUAUUACCGGGGCGAGACUUACACGAUUAACUCUGACAACUCAGCCAGACAGAGGCAGAUGCCGACUGACAGUUGCCCACCACCGAGUGUCAAAAACACAGCUGUUAUAGGCUACGAUGACAAGAUUCUGGUCGACGACGUGUAUACAGCGAUCUACGAAGGUCUGCAGGAGAUGCAGCAGGGAAAGGAACGGUACGUUACGGCAUCAGACGCCGACAACAUCAGUCGUUUCACAGUAUCUGAUGCAACCAAUUGUCAUAAGGUUGUGGAAAGAACGGAAGAUGAUUUGGACGAGGUAAAAUCUUAG